AUGCCCCGUUUAAAAGCUGAACAACGGAGUAGUAAGGACUUAAAAACGCCUGUCUCUGUCUGUCUGCAUUUGAGAAUUUUCAAUUUUGUGAUGGCAAGUGCAGAAGCUGGAGCUCCAGAGGUCACUCUAGAGACCUCAAUGGGUUCUUUCAGCAUUGAGUUAUACUACAAGCACGCACCAAGAACUUGCAGGAACUUUCUUGAACUAUCUCGUCGAGGUUAUUACGACAACGUUAAAUUUCACCGGAUUAUUAAGGAUUUUAUAGUGCAAGGAGGGGAUCCAACUGGAACUGGAAGAGGUGGAAAAUCUAUUUAUGGUGACAAGUUCGAGGAUGAGAUAAACCCCGAGUUAAAGCAUACUGGAGCUGGGAUUUUGUCUAUGGCCAAUGCUGGUCCAAAUACGAACGGAAGCCAAUUUUUCAUUACUUUGUCACCGACGCCAUCCCUAGAUGGAAAACACACCAUUUUUGGAAGAGUAUGUAGGGGAAUGGAAAUAAUCAAGAGGCUCGGUAGUGUCCAAACAGACAAUAAUGAUCGGCCUAUCCAUGAUGUGAAGAUAUUGCGGACAUCAGUCAAAGACUAA